AUGGAUGAUGACAACACAUCCAAAAGCAAUCUCCCUCCCGGAAGGUUUAAAAAUAUUCGCCAAAAAUUUGAGAUGGGAAGUCCUCCACAAGAUGAAGAGAACAAUUAUGCAGUGAUAAACGAUAAGGAAAGUAAUAAUGAUAUUGUGGUGGCACCCAAACCUGUCCCUCGACAAGCACCAACACUUAAACAAAAGCCUAGCAUCAAAGGCCAAAAACCUCAUUUUGAUGAAAAAGGCACCCCACCUAUUAUUAUUCCACGGACUAAACGGGAUUCUUUUGUGAAGAAGGAGCAUUUGAACAAUUCUUCUGAUGAUUUGGGUACUGUUAAGAACCUGAACUCUGAUAUUGAAAGUAGUGAAAAUAAUGAGAGUUCUGCUGGCAGAACUCAUAGACGUGGACUUUCAGAUUGUUCAACUGGACAGCAUUCAUUUGAAGAUGAUGUCAAACCAGAGAUCUUCAGAAAUCAGAGAUGUUCUUCAGGGAAUAUAGAAUCUGAUUCUUCUGAUGGCUCUGGAGAUGGUGCUCUUGUUUCCAAGAGGCUAAGGGUUUUUCAAACACCCACACCCUCCAAGAAGCCUGAAAUAGCACCAAGGCCUGCUAGCAUGAUAGGGUUUACUUCAAGUCUUCCUCGGAAAAAAGUGGCAAGAAAUCUGUCAAUCAAAGAAACAAGCAGCUCUGCAUCUCCUUCCAAAAACAGGCCUCUCCACAAUGCUUCACCCACAUUUUUGAAGCUAUCUCAGGAUGACAACAUAUACAAAGAUAAGAAUAAAGAAAAAGAUAAUGCCGACAAUGAGGACAAGGUACCAAAACCACCGCCAAAGCCGCCAAACCUCCCUGUGGGUGCUCCACCUAAAAAGCCUCCUCGAACGUAUAAGCACGAUGAGUUUCUGAAAAAUAAAGACUCUACAGUUUUUAAGGAUAAUGAACUUUAUGAGAGUUCAGAAAACUUUAUAAAGAAGCCAAUCACAAAAGCUGAAGUGAAAGAGACUCCUAAAAGACCGCCCCGUCCCCCUCCACCUCGGCCUCCUAUCCCUCGAGAUGAUUUGGAUGCCUUGAAUGGUGUGGAAGUAUAUGUUGAUGAAGAGGGAUAUGCAGUACCCUACAAAUUUGUUGUUAAAGAUCCAAAUUUUAAUAUACAAUCUCACAAAGAGACAACUAAGCAGUUUGAUUUGCUUGAAAAGAUCCAAGAUUUGAAACGUCGUUUUGGUGAUCCUCAUGCCAAGACUAACAGCACAAGAAGCAGCCAUCAUGAACCAAAAUUAAGUCGAGGAAAAGUUAACUUGGUGAGGCAAAAAAUUAACCAAUCUUAUGCUAUGCUGCAGAAACAUACCAAGAAAUUACCUGAUGCUCCGUACCUUGAUGGUACACUUCCAGAUAUGGAGUCUGCUGAUGGUGACAGUUUAGUUGAUGAAUCAGAAAUAAAGAAACGGUUGGACUAUUGCAAUAGUGUUAAAGCAAGAACUAGUGAGCGCAUCAAGAAAUCCUUGCGGGUCCUUGAUAAAAUUUACCCCCAAUUGUUUGAAUAUGUUCUGAGUGUGGGUCUGAGGCUGAAUGUGGAACAGAAAACAUAUGAACCAUACAUCAUAUAUAAAUUUCCUGAAAUUGUUGACAGCAACUUAUCCAUCCCACAUUUCUGCUUUCCAGAUGCAGAAGUUUAUCAGCCUCAGGAAGGAAUGACUAGUGACACUUACUGUUUUGUUUUAACAAAUUUUGAUGGUGCUCGGGUAUAUGGUUACUGUCGAAGAAUAUGGCCAUUUGGACCAAGGCUUUUACCUGAGGUGAUAUGUAUUAUCAGCCCAAUAGAAGCAAUUAACAUGUAUAAUGCUUUAUUGAAUGAAAUGGAAGCAAGCCGGAUGAAAUCACCAGAAGCUAUGCAAGAGCUUAUGGCAUCUUCAUUUGGAAGGCCAUUGCCAAGUCCAGGCAAAGCUGUACAGAUAAGAACAAUGAAUUAUAUUGGUGAAGUCGACACAAUAGAGCUACGCCGGCCGAUGGAUUCCCGCCUGGAAGGGGUAAAUUUGGAUUGUUUAUUAUCCACUCUUGGUGUUGAAAAGUUGAUUUGGAUAUUUUCCACUUUGUUAGUGGAGAGAAGUGUGAUUUUAUGUGCAAGGAAUCUCAGCUUAUUGUGUUCAACCGUUCAUGCUUUGGUAGCAUUGCUCUAUCCCUUCCAGUGGCAACACACCUAUAUCCCUGUGCUGCCAUCAAAAAUGUUAGAAGUUGUCUGUUCACCCACACCCUACAUUGUUGGCGUUCUCUAUUCUUACUUACCAAAAAUUAAAAAUAUGCAAAUGGAAGAAGUUGUGAUUCUUGAUUUGGAUCGGAAGCAUUUUGUAUCAAAUAUUGGAGACGAGUCGAGCAUUUUACCCAAGAAAAUCCAGAAAGCUCUCAAAUCAGCAUUAGACAUAUGUCGCAAUGACUUUGACUCAGAUGGAUCCAAGAAUCUAAUGAUUUCUGAAGCAUUUAUUCGUCUUUUUGUGGAACUGGUGGGUCAUAUUGGAAAUCAUGUCACUACACAGCAGGAUGGGGAGAAAAUAUUUCAGCGGGAGCAGUUUAUACGAAGCGUUAAUUCCAAAAGCAUCCGUAAAUUUCUUGAAUGGUUCACAGAAACCCAGAUGUUUGAUGUGUUCAAGCACUCCUUGAUAGACAUUUCUGGUUCUUUGGAGUUAUUCUUGACACGAGUUUUUGAACACACAUCUGAUAAUUCAGGUGUGAAAAGCAACGUGAAAGACUUUGGUAAAAAGAUGCGCAACUUUGGAAAAGCAUUAAAAACCAAAUUUGCACCUGACAGUUCUUUGUAG